CAAGUUAAUUGAAAGCCCCGAGUUACUUGUACUUGACUGCACUGCGUUGUGGCGGCGGAGAAGCGAGGCUCAGCGCCAUGACCCUGAUGCCCCCCACAGGGGAGGAACACACGGGAGUCUGACGUCCCUCUAAAUCGCGAGAGUCGCGCUGAGGGCUGGAGGCGUGGGUCGGGGAGGGGCGGCCAGGCGGCCAAGUCAGCGGCAGAGCGAGGAGCGCCGGGGAGGCCAUUAAGGAGGAAGUGGUGGAGAGACAGAGCUGCACAGCCCCACUUUAGGGCCGGGAGGGCGACCUGUGGCUCCCCGGCGGCGUGUGGGUGAGGAGGCCGCCAGUGAGCGGCGCGCGGUGCUGGGGAGGAGAAGGCCCAUCGCUCUGCCACUUCAGCGCCUCGCUCUCACCCUCGAGGCCGCGGGAAGCGUCUCCCGCGCGGGCGGUGACUUGCCUGGCCUGGACAGGAAGGGGCCCUCAUCGGCCCCUGGGACGGCCGCCUGUCGAGAUCAGUGUCCAGAGCUACGGGAAUUAGAGACUUUAAAGACACAGCGCGAUCCGGCGAUAAAUUUCCCCUGCCAGUGGCUUCCCGGCGCCCUUGUUCGGCCUGAGGUGACUUGGAUUGUUUGAGAGUGGAAAGUGUAAGGCGGCGUUAAGUUUAUCGUCACCGUAACUUCUCAAUAAGGCAGAACAAUUCCGUUGUAUAAUCGCUUUAGUGGAAAACGCAUGUUAUAAAUUAAUUACUGCUUCCUAUAAUCAGAUUUUGUGGCCAAAUGUGAGCAGCGCGCGAGCCACAGGUGUCAGCCCCGGCCCCGCCACGGUCUGGGUCAGCGCGGCGGGCGGGAGACCGUUCACGCGGCGGCGAUGGAUGACGAGAGUGACAAUAUGACGGUGGAGGCGGAGGCCGCUGACUUUCUGAAGCACGUGGGAAGCGGAAGGAGCCGUACGAGGGACCUGAAUGGCAGCGUGGUGCCUUGGAACGGUACGGUGUGGGUGUACCCGUGGGGGGAGUCACUAUUCCCCUCCCGCUACACCACAGUGGAGGUGGCGGCCAUCACCACUGUCAUCACGGCGGCCAUGAUGCUGGUGGUGGUGGGCAACAUGUUGGUCAUCGUCGCCAUCGUCACCGAAAAGUCUUUGAAGAGUAUCACCAACUGGUUCAUCGCCUCGCUAGCAGUGGCGGACCUGCUGUUGGGGCUGCUCAUCAUGCCCUUCAGUCUGGCCAACCUGCUGAUGGGCUACUGGGUGUUCGGCGACCUGUGGUGUGAGCUGCACGCCGCCAUCGACGUCCUCCUCUCCACCGCCUCCAUCAACAACAUUUGCCUUAUUUCCCUUGACCGCUACUGGAGCAUCACGCGCGCCGUCGACUACCUGAAGAAUAGGACGCCGCAGCGCGCGGUGGCCAUGAUCGUGUUCGUCUGGGUGUUCUCCGGCCUUGUCUCCAUCCCGCCUCUCCUCGGCUGGAAGCAAGUCCGCCCACCAGACUUGUUCCCGAAGUGCACGGUGUCGGACGAGCUGAGUUACGUCAUCUACUCGGCGCUGGGCAGCUUCUACAUCCCCAGCUGCAUCAUGAUCUUCGUCUACAUCCGCAUCUUCUACGCCGCCAAGGCUCGUGCCCGCCGCGGACUGGCCAGGAACAGGCCCAUUACGCGGCGCGGCGCUCCCACAGCAGCACUUUACGCCCACAUCGGCGCCGGGCACCGGGCAGGGAUGCUCACCAAGAAGGUGCUAGUCUACCACCUUAGGAUCCAAGAGGAAAUGGACGCAAGCUCCGACAACACGGCCUCGGCAGCUGGUGGAGGGCAGCAGACUAAUGACGGCGGCUCCUGUGACGAGGCGAGCAUGUGUGUGAGCCACGACGGUCAGGACACCACCAAGGCUGCAGACACACCUGACACGCAGAGUCUUGGCGCAAACACUUCCUUAGUGCUCCCUCACGGAGAGGCGGCCAUUAACACGUCGCCGGCCCCGCAAGGCGCAGCUCAGCCAGUCACGUCCCUUCCUCCGGUGGGGCCUCGGCAUCGCAGGGCGUGCCCACCGCCCACCAGGACACUCACCAAACCGCGGCGGGAACUGAUCGACGUGGGGCGAGUGUCCACCAAGAUUUUGGACCUGGAGAAGGCCAAGCGACGGCUGGCCCGCAAGAAAGAGAAGCGAGCCACACUGAUCCUGGGCCUCAUCAUGGGCUCCUUCAUCGCAUGCUGGCUGCCAUUCUUCCUGCUGUACCUGCUGGGGCCGCUCUGCCCCUCCUGCCACAUCCCAGAAUACGGUUUCCACAUCGCUUUCUGGCUCGGGUACAUGAACUCCGCAUGCAACCCUGUCAUCUACACCAUAUUCAACAAGGACUUCAGGCAAGCCUUCAGGAAAAUACUCUUCAAAUAGAGAACAACAGUGAGGCACGGCGCCGGCCGCUGCGACCCCGCGAAAUAAAUGUCCUUUGUACGGGCAGUUACCGGUGAUUGUAUGGCCGCUGUGUUUACCUCGAGGUUAGUUGCAAUGCAAUAAAAGAGAAAAAGAAAGGGAGAACCCCAGCCACCAAAUCUGUCAGUGGAAAAAGUCUACGGGAAAACUUUUUGUUCUCGUGCUGACGGUCCACGUACACUCCCAGGGGACACACUUGCCCCCUCCCCCCGGGUGCCAACAAACUGCCGCCAUUGUGUGGGGCGCACGGCCCAAUCGCCACUGUGUGGGGAGGCAGGCGCGGUCCAGUCAAUGGACAACACUUCUGAAAACUGUUUCCUUUAUCUCGUGACCGGUAAACGUAAUCAGUGGUAUCAUGUAGUUACCUUAUAUUUUGUUCGAUGUAAGUUUUUCUUAGUUGAAAACUUUCCAUUCCUAACUAAUGUAAAAUAAAUUAUUUAGACAAACGAAAGAAGGCUCUUAACUCUUGCACCCUUUAAAAACUUUUCAACGACGUUAUAUU